GUUAUGAAGUAUUGUAAUGCAGUAAGGAUCGGCCAUGGUUCUCUCACUCCACAGGGCGAUAUUCUGCUAAAUUUUGCAUUCCGGGUUCCAAGGUCGCCCCCAGAGAGCAUUGACCUGAGGGAAAAGAAAGGGACUGGUUGUGAAGAAGCUAGGCGAGAGAAGGAGAGGACGCCAUGUCCAAUAGUAUUUGUUGAUGGUUAAGAAAAUAUUUCUUAAAUUACCAAAGCUGUACAUUUCACAACAAUUAACCCAUGUACAUAAUGUAAAUUUAUGUAAUUAAAACUAUAGUCUAGAAUCAGGCGCUUGGCUUUCAUUUAUACUGACAGGCAGUUGGCCACGUCUACAUGAAAUGACAAACUAACAGAACGGCCAACCUGGGCGUCAGAAAACGCGAGGACUCGUCAUAGCUGAAAGGAAAAAACUUUACUGGCGUAGUCGGUAGGAUUGAGGAAGCCAUGUCUUCCAAAGGUCAUGGAAAGAAAACCCCUGGGCAGUUUUUUCAAGGAAAACCACCUGAUAAAGGAAAAGGAUCACAACCUUCAACCUCGCAAUCUAAUAAGAAAGGAGAUAACAAAGCAACUGCUAAAUCCGAAGGGAACAAAGGGAAACAUGAAACCAAAAAACACCAAAUCAAUGCCACCCAACAACCAAGUGGUUUUAGUAUGGGAGAACCUUCAACACCAAAUAUUGCCACUUUGCUAAGUGGAUUAUCUUCAAGAAUUCAAAUGAAUCAAGCAGCCAGUAAUUUUCACAUGACACAUAUAUCUGUGAAUGUGCAUAGCUCAAGCACUGCUUCACAUGUGAAUCAGAUUUUAGCAAAUCCUGUUGGAUUACCGACAACUCAAACAAAUCUGGCUCAAAACAUGCCUAAAAGAAGGAAUAAUCCUAAAAAACCAGAUUCUCCAGCUGAAAUUAGAGUCUUUACUGGUAGCCAAGAAUUUAAUACUCAAAAGCAUGCCAAUUUCUUAUCAUCUCAAAAUCGGGGCAGAGGUCAGUUUAAUCAGAGAGGUCUUAGAAGCUCUCCUCCAGUGCAUAAUUCUAACCAUAACCAAGAAUCUAACUUUGAAAAGCAUGUUAAUUUCACAUCUCAGAAUCAUGCUAGAGGCAAUUUCACUCAGCGAGGGCAUAAAAGUUUUCACCCAGUACAUGAUUCUAAUAGAGGUCAGUUUCACAAGGGGUCUAGAAACGUACACAACAUUGGGAGAGGCCAGGGCAAUAAAUCUGUAAUCUUUCAUCAUGGAGAGCAGAACCAAGUUAUGUCGUCUAACAAGCUACAAAGUCCUGUCCAUUCUCAAAAGCUAUUUGUCGAUAAAUUGUCACAGAAGUUGUUAAUGACUAAACCUUCUACACCAGGACCAUUUUUUUUCAAAACUUGUGCACCGGAAAAUGAAUCAAACACCAUGAAAAAAUUUGUUGAUGCAAGUUCCUUGCCAAAAGUUCAACCAAAACCAGCACCUGUAUAUAAAUAUACAAAAAAUUCCAAGCCAAAAAAAGCAAAGCCCCAAUCAAAUUUAAAUAAUGAAAAUCAGCUAACCAAAGGUAAAUUGGAUGGCUCAAAAAAAUCAAGAAAUCGAAGGAGAAAUAGAUUUAAACAUGAUUGGUCUAGAAAAAAGAAGGAAAGUAAAGAAGUUAUUCCAUUAUUUACAUUUGCUCGUAAUACAAUUGAAGAAACAGAAUCUACUAAAAAUGUAGAUUCAGAUGAGGAUGAUGAUGCUUCAGUAUCUCGUUGUUCUUCAGAAGAGAGUGUUUGGACAUCUAAUAUUUCAGAUGAUGAAGUUGAUAAUUCUUCAGAUGAAAGUGAAGUCAUUAGUGAAUUUUCCACUGUUUCAAGUGUAAAGGGUAGUGAAUUCUCAGAAGAUAGAGAUUCAGGUAUAUCUGUGAGGCAAUCUGGAAUAAUAUCUGUAUUUUGGGAUAUAGAGAAUUGUCCAGUCCCACGUGAAAAGUCUGCUGUUGAUUUUGUUAAACUUGUGAGAACUACCCUUUAUGAAGGUCGAACAGAAGGAAGUUUUAGUGUGGUAUGUGAUGUACAAAACUUGAAUAGUAUGUAUGUUGAAGAACUUGAAGCAUCUAAUGUCACUGUCUUUCAUAUGAGCAGCACUAAUAAAAAUGCUGCUGACACUAAAUUAAAAUCACUUCUUUUUGAGUUUCGUGACAUUUAUAAGGAACAAACAGGCUGUGCUAUUGUUUUAAUAUCUGGGGACUCAGAUUUUUCCAACAUUUUGAAUACCUUACGUUUUAAGCACAAUAUUUAUAUUAAUUUAAUAUGCAAAUCAAAUGCCAGACAUUCUUUGAUAGAAGCAGCCCAUAAAUGCAUUUUUUAUGAAGAUUUUGUAAAACAGUUACCAACUCGAUCACAUGCUGAUGAUACAGAAUAUUUGAUAACUAUAUCAAAUUUCCCAAGGAAUAUGUCAUUAAAGCAACUUAGGGCAACUUUAAAUUCUAGAUUAAAAAGUGUUAAUUGUCGAAUAAGGAAAACUAAUGAAUUUUGUUGCAGCAUAGUUCUCCCUGAUGAAUGUGCUCGUGAGAAGGCUCUGUCUCUUCUGAAAAAUUUUAAAAUUAAUGACUGCGAAGUAAAAAUGGAAAGCAUGGAAAGAAGAAAAACAGAUAUUUCAAAGCAGACUGAAAAGACACAAAAAUCAAAGCCUAGUAGAAAAACUGCUGCUGCAGAGUCAAAAGCAGAAGAAUCGAUUUAUAAACAGUUUACAGAUGCUUCAAUUAAAGGAAGUGUUCCUGGCAGUAGAGGUGCCACAUUAUGCAUUUGUGUUGGUAUAAAGUUAGGAGAUGCUACUUAUUGGAAAAAUGAGCUUGAAAAACUGUGGAACAUAUCUGAUUUCACUCUUCACUGGGAAGGACAAUCCAGUGAAGGUUAUUUCUUAGCUAAUUUCAAAAGCUUAAGUAAAGCCCAAAAGGCCAAAAAAAUUCUUCAGAGAUCACAAUCUAAUGAGCCAUUUUCUCCCAAAUUUUUAAAGUUAAUCAAACAAGAUGAUAUUUUAACCAACUUUAAACUGCCUGAUACCAUCCAGGAUAUAAAUAAAAAGAAAAUUGAAGAGCACAUAAAAAUAAUUGAAACCAAGAAAGAAGUUUGUUUAAAUAAACAUAAGCAAACUGUUGCAGACCUAAAGGCAUCAUAUAAAAUUUCAGUUCCUGAAGCAAAUGAAGCUGUAAUAGCAAAAUUAAAUGAACUGAAUGAGCAGAAAGUUACUUUCAUGAAUUACACACAUGAUGCUGUAAAUAAAAUAAACAAUUUAGAUUUAGCAUCUAAUACUAUUGAUAAAACUUUGGCUGAUAUUAUACAUGAUUAUUCCAGAGAAUGCAAUUGUCUAACCACUGGUUUACCAAUUUAUGCGAAAAAAAAUAUCAUUCUGAAAAAAAUAAAAAAGCAUCAAGUUGUAAUUAUUCGAGCUGAAACUGGUUCUGGAAAGAGUACUCAGCUGACACAGUAUUUAUGGCGUGGAAAGGACCCCUCUCAGAAAAAUUUGAUAAUUUGUACACAACCUCGUAAAAUUGCUGCUAUUAGCCUAGCGAAACAUGUUAGUACUCAAAUAGGUUGUACUUUAGGUGAUAUUGUUGGCUAUCAAGUUGGAGCAACGGUUAAAAGGACGGUAAAUACAGAAAUUUUGUAUGUUACUGAUUAUACCAUGUUAAAAAUGAUGGUUAAUAAUGAUUUAAAAGAAGUUUCGUACAUAAUUGUUGAUGAAGCACAUGAGAGAACUGUUUAUACUGAUCUACUAUUGGGAAUGAUAAAAAAAUCUCUUAAAAUCCAACCUGACUUGAAGUUGAUCAUAACAUCAGCUACUAUUGAUACCACUAUUUUCAGGAAUUAUUUUGGAAUUUCGGAUGAUUCAAUUCUUGAAGUGUCUGGAAGGACAUUUCCUAUUGAAGACAUUUGGUUAGAUUAUGAUGUUGCUUUGGGAUGGGAUUAUUUCAAGAAAACUAUUGAAACUGUUUGCUCAAUUUUAGGCAAAGAAACUGGCGAUGUUCUAGCUUUUUUAACCACACCUCUUGAAACUGAAAAGGCAGUUAAAGUUCUCAGUGAGAAACUUGAUUCAAAAUUAGCUCAGCGUGUGAAAAUUUUCCAAUUGCAUGGAAAAUUAGAUGUACAAGAACAGCAAAAAAUAUUUGAACGAAUGCCUAAUGGCAUACAAAAAGUUGUAUUUGCUACAAAUUGUGCUGAAACUUCUGUGACUAUACCUGGAAUAAAAUUUGUUGUUGAUUGCGGAAUGGUCAAAGAAUCCCAAUUUGAUAUUACUAGAAAUAUGAAUAUUAUGUCUGUUAAUUUUGUUAGUCAGAGCUCAGCUGAACAGCGUAGAGGUCGUGCUGGUAGAACACAAGUUGGCAAGUGUUAUCGUUUGUACAGUAAAAAAAAUUAUGAAGGAAUGAAUAAAACCACAGAACCAGAAAUUUUACGAGUCAAUUUAGGUCAGGCAUUACUUAGAUUAAUGAAAUUAGGCAUAAAAGAUCCAUUGCAAUUUGAUUUUGUGCAGUCUCCUCCUCAAGAAGUUUUGCGUACAAGUAUGCAACAACUUCUGGAUUUAAAUGCAGUGAAUAUUUUUGAUAUGUCUUUGUCAGAAUUAGGAGAGCAUAUGUCUUAUUUGCCAUUGGAGCCUCGGCUAAGCUUUUUGGUGUUAACAGGUAUUGAUCUAAGUAUUGGUUUUGAAGCUGUUGUUUUGGCAUCCCUAGUUACAGUUUCAAGAAACAUUUUUUUUCGGACUGCAGAAAAUAAAUCUGAAGCAGAUAGCAAAAAAAUGAGGUUCUGCCAAAGUGAAAGUGACUUUCUUACUUACUUACAAGUUUAUAGAGAGUGGGUUACAGUUCCUAAACAAUUGAAAUCUAAGUGGUGUGUUUUGAAUUGUAUCAAUGCUCGAUCUCUUAGAACUGCACAUGAUUUGAUUAAUGAAAUCAUUCAUAUUAUCCAAAAUGAAAUUAAAAUGAAAAUUCCUAGCAAAUUUUGUGAACAGUCUGCACAAGAUUCUUUACUUAAACUUAUAUUUCGCAGUUUCCAUCAAAAUUUAUGUAUCUUUUCGGGACACUACAAAUUUGGUUAUAGAUCAUUUGGAGUUUCAGGUGACUUGUUGAUUCAUCCCUCAUCAUCAUUAUACACUUAUGGUCAUUGGAGACCCGAGUUUCUUGUUUAUGAUACAAUUCUUAAAACUGAUCAAACUUAUCUAAUAAAUGUGAGUCCUGUGCCUAAAGAAAUGAUUUUAGAAUGCAUGAAUACAUAUGGAUUAAAUGUAAACUUGGCUGGUUUAGAAACUUUACCUUUAACAGCUUAUGGAAUAUCUCCUCUUGGUAAAAUAAUUCUUCUUCGUGAUAUUGUGGGAAAGCAUGGCAUUCAAAGAAGAAAAAUUGAAGAUCAAAUUAAAAAAGCAGUUGGAAGUGAUAAUACAAUUAUGGAUAUAGAUGUUCAAAAAGGUGAGAUAAAGGUUUAUGGGCCACAGGAUAAAUAUGAGGAAAUUGCUGCUAUCCUUUGUCCUAUGAUUGAAAAAGCCCAAGAAAAGCUUGCAAUAGAAGAAAAAGAAGUAUAUUUAUAUCCUGAAUUGUGCACUAUAAUAUCUGCUGGAAUAGCUGUAAAAGAUGUUGUUUUCCCUGGUGAAUUUAGGGACUUAAAAGUGAAAUUAACAUCUGAUGUUGAUGUUAGUUCGGUUGUAGAAAAAUUGCAAUCAUGUGGACAGAUAUCUACAGUACGUGAGUGGAAAAAUUAUUUCAAAGUUACUUUUACUAGCCCACUUGAUGCUAAAUUGGCAUUAGAAACCUAUUCAAAUGAAAAAGAGUUUGCAUUGCAAAAAAUAGUGAAUUUUAACUCUGAUGAUAAUAGAAUUAAUCAAUAUAAGGUAUAUGUGACAUUCCUUAGAAGAGAAUGCACUGGAGAAGCAUUUGUUACUACUGAUCCUCCUGGUCUUCUUCCUAUGAAUAGUUUAUUUUAUCGCAAUAAAUUUUUACAAGCUUCAAAUAGUAAAAAAACAUUAGAUAUAAGAAUAAUUGGUUUGCCACCCAAUACUGACAGGCAUGAUUUUGAAAAAUUUAUUGUUUCAAAACUUAGUCCUGAAAAUAAAAUGAAAAAGUGUAUUGUUGUUAGAAAGAAGGUUUAUGAAAGCACUCCAGCAGAACUGCAAAGUGUUAAAUCAAGGUUGUGCCAAAUAUUCUCUGAAUUUACAACUCAAGAUAAGUUUACCAUUGACCUAAAGAAACCCAAUAGUAAAGAUUUUAGAUGGAAUGCUUGUGUUUUUUUUCAAAAUCCUUGUGAUGGGGAAACUGCUGUGAAUGUUUUAAAAAACCGUUCCUACAUUGAUGAUAUUUUAGAUCUACAAUUGAAACCAUCAUUACAAACAAACCUGUAUUGCAAACAUGAAGUAUUUAGAGCUAUUGAAGAGCAAAUCACCGAAGCUUUGAAUUUUUUUAAAGAUAAUUCAAAACCUGGAUGUAUAUUAGAAAUAAAUGCUAUUCCAAGUGGAGAAAAUAAUGUUCAAAUCAAAAUAACCAGUAAUAAUAUAUCUGACAUUUCUGAUGCAAGGAAAGCCAUUUUAAGCUUUUUAUUAGGUGAUCAGAUUGAGUGCAGUGGCAAUCCUUCUUUGGAAAAGUUAUUUUCUAAAGCAGGACAAGAACAUAUAAAAAAGAUUGCUGAAACCAAAUCAAAAUGUUAUGUAGAAUUAAAUAUUCAUAGAAAAGUUUUAACUAUUUUUGGUAAUGUUUCUGUAUGCAAUUCAUUAAAAUUAGAAGUAAAUGAAUAUUUAGAUAAGUUGGCUGAAGAAAACUUGGAAGAAAUCAUGUUAAUGCCCAAAAAUGGAAAACCAGGUAUACUUAGAGAACUGCUCAGUACAUAUGGUCAUAACCUGGAAGAGCUGAAAGCAACUUGUGGUUUAACUAGUAUUGAAAUUAAUUCACGUCAACACAUACUGACAGUUCAAGGUAGCAAUACUGCUUUAACAGCUUGCCAAGGCAUUAUUGAAGAUAUAAGAGCAAAAUUAGAGGAUGCAAUUUAUGAAGAAGAUGCGGAACUUUGUCCUGUUUGCUUUGAUAAAUUUGCUGAUCAAUUCCAUCGAUUAGAAUUUUGUGGACAUGCUUAUUGCAAAGAAUGUAUUUUGCAUUGGUUUCAAACUUCCAGUCAUUUUCCUUUAUGCUGCAUUUCAUGUGAAUCCCUGGUUGUUUUGGAAGACAUACAGUGGGCAGCUAAGGAAGUGAAAUUGUUCGAUAAAGAAAUUUACAAAAAAUCUUUAGUUGCAUUUGUUCAAAGUAGGGAUGAUGUGAGCUAUUGUCCAAGUCCUGAUUGUCCAAUGAUCUAUCGAAUUAGUAAUGAUGGAACUGUGUUCAACUGCCCUAUAUGCAAUAACUCUAUUUGCACUCAAUGCCAAGAGCUGUUUCAUUUUGGGAUGAGCUGUAACUUGAAUAAAGUUUGCAAAGGAGACGAAGACUACGAUUUUAAAAUGUGGAUGGAAGAAGAUCCAAAUGGCCGUAAAAUGUGCCCCAGUUGUUCGGCACCAAUUGAAAAAAAUGGUGGUUGCAAUCAUAUGACUUGUUGGAAAUGUAAAUGUCAUAUGUGCUGGUUAUGUCUUCAAGUAUUCAAAACUGGAGAUAUGGUAUAUGACCACCAACCUGUUUGUCCAAAGAGACAAUUAUAAACUUUUCUUUUGGUAAUGUUUGAUAAUUUUUUUUUUCUAUGUUGUUAAGAACUAAGAAAAUGAUGAAUUAAGAAAUAAUUUUAUUAAAUUAUAAAUCUUCUUCAGUUAGGUUUAAUUUUAUUAGGUGACAAACCUUCUUCAAUUUAUUUUUUUCUUGGUUAUAAUUCAAAUCAAUGAAAGUCCUAAUAAUUAACUAUAUUGCCAAGUGUUAAUUGGGUAUAUUUGGAAGGGUAUCUAAAUAUUAUAAUUCAUAUCUGAAAUAUAUUUUUAUUAAUGUGAUUUUUGAUACAAUGCAAUAUAUUAUAUAUUUGUCAAAGAGCAGUUUAAAUUGCAGUGUUGUAUAUCUAUAUAAAAUCCAAGAAUUGCAAUUUGUAGAAAAUAUAGUCCUUAUAGAAAUGUUAUGUGGCUUUUAUAUCUUUUUUAAAAAUAUAUAUCCAAGUGUCUUAAUUAUUUUAUUAUAUGUAGAUUUUUCUAAGAUUGAAGAUUACAUUCAAUGCCUUAUUAAGUGAAAUAUUCCAGAUUUUCCCUUGUACUGGCAUAUUCCUUUAAUUUAUACAUUAAUCUACUGAAUUUUUUAUAAAAUUUUACUGUACGUUCUUACAAUGUAUUAAAUUAUUUUCGCGUAUUUUAUAAACUACAUAAUUUAUGUACAGUUGAUAAAUCAACUGCAAAGCUUAGUAGAAAAUUAUACAACAGCAAAAUUCUAUUUUUUUUAUAAAAAGGCAGAGCUUAAUAUAAAAAGAUUGAAGAAUUAAAAAACUCCCAAUUUAUUUAAUAUCCAAAUUUCUUAUUAUUUACACUUAAUAACGAAUUAAUUUUUUAAAAAAAAAACUUUAAUGAAUUGUAUUUACUAAAGUUACUAGUUUAAUAUUUUUGUUAGAGUAGUGAUGAUAGAGUCGCAUUAAAUAUAAGGAUGUUAAUUAUUACAUUGUGAAAGUAAUUUUUUUGUGUCAUUUAAUUGGAUUUUAUCAUUAAAUUGUUAUGAAAUAAUUUUUCUGAGUGAAUUUUAAAUGUUCAAAAGAAAAAGGUAGGAAAAAAUAUUUUGCUGCUUUAUUAUUUUCUGUGAAAGAUUUCAGUAUUUAAUGUAUUUAUUUCUUGUAUUUCAAAUGACAAUAAAAAGGAGAAAAAAUUGUGGUGCAGGGUUUUAAGAUAUGGCAAAUUUGUAAAUCUUGUUAAAGUAAAUAAAUUAUUUCAUUAGAGUUGUUUACUUUUUACAUUAAUCUUUUUUGCAAUUCUUAAAACUUGAAUUUAAUUUUUUAUAUCCCAGUAACAUGGCAAGCAUGAAGAUAUUGGGUCCAGCAAAGUGCCUCUUUAAUGAGGUCAAUGCUACUUGCUGUAUUCCAUAGUAAAUGCUAUUGUUAAAUCUUGAACCUGUAGAUAGUUUAUUAUCUACAGGAUGUCAUCUAUUUUCAACUUUUAUGCUUAUUGAAUUGGAGUCAGAUAUGUCAAAGAUAUUCGAUUCCUUUUUAACUGUAGCAGGAAGUUGAUAGGGAUGUAUAUAAGUGAUUUGACUGCAUUUAUUGCUUUGAAAAUGACUUUUUAAAUUUUUUUUUUGCAAGCAGUAAAGAUGAAAUUAAAUUGUAUGACACAUAAUGACUUUGUAUGAUGUCACCAGAUUGAAUUUUACCACAAAAUAAACUUCCUUUAUAACUCCAAAAGUUGAAGUCAGAGUCAUAUAUGGUCUACAUUUCUUUUAGUUUCAUCUUUCAUUAUCAGCAUUGUCAUUAAUCAUUUUAUAAUGAUAUUAAUAUUGCAGCAGACAUGCUGUAUAUGGAGCUUUAGUAUUACUUUAUUGUCACACUUUAUUUGGUGAUAAAAUUUGAAGAUUGAAUCUGUUGUUUCACUAGGUGACUUGGUUUGAUAAAUGCAAUGUAUUUUCAAAUAAAUAUGAAACUUUCCCCAAAAGUAGGGAUUGCAGUAUUUAUUUGGAAGCAUGUCUGGCAUUCACACUGCAUCAGAUAAUUCAAUGUUUUCAAUUCACCAACAUAAUUAAUUUAACCCUGGAAGAUCCACGAAUCCUGUGGGAAAACUUUUGUUACAAUUUAGUACAAAGUUAUAUUUAGUGACAAGUUUAAUUCAGAUUAUUAGGAGCUGAAUUAAAAUACUGCAGUCUUCUCUGAAUUUCAACUGACAAGAAAUUAAUCUUUAUUAAUUAAUUCUUCAACUAUCAGGAACAUAGAAAGUUGUUCCAACAAAUCACUUCAUCAAUGACUGAAAUGUUAUUAUACAUUCAGAUGUCCUUGUUUGACGAAGAUUCAGGUACUGGAUAGUUGACCAGUGGAUUAAUGCUGCAACUGAAUUAAAAAUAUGAAAUCAUUUUUCUAUAAUGAAACUUCCACACCAAUCUUGAUUUAAUCAGAUUUUUUUCUUCUUUAUUGCUGUUGAUAACAGUUUGAUUUAUGUUUGACAAUGGCAGAUAUGACGUUUUUUCAUUUAAUUUCACUAACUUAUUAUUUUUUGCAAAAGAUGUUGCUCAUCCAGUUUUUAGUAAUUUAGUUAGUCUUUUCAUCAGAAUUGGCUUCUCUUUUAUACCAGUUGCAUGCACACUCGUCCAAUAUUGUUGAGUUACUUAGCUCGUGAGUAUUUUGUAUGCAUAAAAUAUUGAAUAACACUUUUACAGUAGAUGGCACAAUGAUUAUUCUGAUGCAGUUCUUAUUAUUUGAUCUUCAAGAAUAAAACUGACAACCAGGAAAAAGACCCAACUACAGAUGUGUUUUGUGGAUGGUUACUAAUUUAAUCUUUGUGCAAAUAAUGCAGUUAUGCUGUGAUGUAUCCACUUUCUUUUUGGGAAUUAGUUGUCCUGAAAAUGUCUUGAGUCAUUAAUUGGUGACUUAAGCCAGAAACUUUUAUAUUAUUAUGAGCAUAUUUUGGCUACUUCAUUAUAUGAAUCUUUCUAAUUUUUAUAAUGUAAGAUAAAUCAAAUAGUUGUGAUGAAAUCCUUCAUUUGCAGCAUUUUCUAAAUUUGACUCAAAAUUAAUUCUCUUAUGAGGAGUAAGAUAUAUAUUAUUCCAUAAAAGUGUAUAUUUAAGUUCGUUUCAAAUAAUAUAUUAACUUUUUCCUUAGAAAUUAAUGUAAUUGUAGCAAUUACGUUUUAUUAAGGUCCAAAGGAGCUGUUUUCUCUCUAAAUCAUUAAAUAGAGUUUAUCAACUGGAGUAAAAAAUAUAACCUUACACUUUAGUAAGGUUAUAUAAAAAAUACUUAACACUUUACUUAAUAAUAAUUUUUAAAUAAGAGCAAUUGUAAAGAAGGAUUUUUUUUCCCUAUUUAAAAUUAAAUGGGAAUAACAAUUUGACUUUUUUUUUCGUCUUAUUUAAUGAUUUAUAAAUGUCAUUCUUCUCUAGAGAUUAGUUUACUAUUUAAAAUUAUUACAGUCAAACUUCGCUUAACAAACACCUUAUAACAAAUCAUUCACAUGAGCAAAGCAAAAUGUUAAAACAAUAAUUCCGUUAAUGAGUGAUAUUUAGGUAAAUGAUGAUAUUUAUUUGCAGAAUUCUGUCUAUCUGGGCAACUAGUGAGUAUUUAACACUUGUUUGUUCCAAGUUAUUUUUCCUAACUAAAAGCAGAAUUCUGUAAUGUAUAAUUAAUUAAAUCAUGAAAAGAUUAUGUGAUAGUUUGGAGACUUUAUUUAAUACUGUUUAUGUGGAGCCACAGCUGAUGAUUUAAUAUUACAAUACAAUGCUGCUGCCAUUGAAAGAAAUUUUAUAAGGAGAUGUGGAAAUAACGGCCUCAACAUAGUAGCAAAUUUCCAGUGAAAUAAGAGAAAUGUUGCAAGCAUGAAAAACUGUUGCAUGGUAUUUUGAAAAACAUCCCAUACUCCAAAUAUAACAGUAGUUAUGCAUGAUACGUAUUUAUUUAGCAAUAAUAUUAUGUCUUAUUUUUGCCAAAUUUUAAAACAUAUGCAAAAAUAAAUGUCUAGACAAUUUUUGUGCGAAAAGACGUGUAUUUAUAAAUAAUUGCUUUAUUAUGAAUUUGAAUGGAACUCAUUAUUCUACUUUAUACUGACUGUUUGGAAAAUGUUUCACUUUACGAGAAAGAUUCGGAAACAAAUUAUGCUCAUUAAUUGAAGUUCCACUGCAUUUUUAAGGGAGAGAUAAAUUUAAAAAAUCAAUUGGUAUAUUUUUUUUGUAAAAUAUAUUAAUGCUAAAAUAAAAAAGAAUUAAUUAGUGAUACAUUUUUAAAAAGUUUUUAAAAAUUUGAGAUAAUUUGAAUUGAAAUAUUUUAUAUUAUGGAAGAAAUCAUGGUUUUCUUUUAAUGUGAAUGACAUUAGGAAUGUGAUACUUUUCUAGUUUUCAUAUUACGUAUAUUAUUGCAGAUUUAUUCAUAAAGGGCAAUGAAUUUUGUUUAUGGUUGUAAAAUUUGUUUGAAUUGUCUUGUACAGUGUCCUUUUAAUUUAGAAUAAUUGGGGAGACAGAGUUAUAUUGUGUACUAUUCCAGUAAUGUCACUUUUACCUCUUUAGAAUGUACUUUUACCUCUUUAGAAUGUACUUUUACCUCUUUAGAAUGUAUGAAGUGGGAUUUUUUUUUCCAUCAGUCUAUUUUUAAGAAUAUUAUAAUUAUUUUUAAAUUUAGACUAUAGUUAUUUCUGAUAUUUUGUUUUAAUAUCUUGCUUGAAAAUUUAUGACUAUAUUUCUUAUUUCAUUUCUAUAUAAACUAAAACUGAUUUAUAACUCUUAGGGUUUUUGUUUUAUAGAUAGCUUUAUCAAAAAGAUUUUAUUCUAAUAUAUACUUUAUAUGUUUUUUUAAUAACUAAAUAUUCUCUAAUACAGAAAUAUCUUAAUAUGAUUUAAAUAAGUUUAAAAUAAUCUGCCAUUUUCUGUUCUCAGCUUGUCAUGGGUAUUUACAUAUAUAGGAAUAUUUAAUUUUUAAAAAAAGUGUUUAUUAUAAUGCUUUUUUAACUUGAUUUUUCUGAAUUUAUAUUAUUAUUAAUAAUACUGACAUUUUAUUAAACUGUUAAUAUAUUCAUUAAUAAUUCUACUAGUGUAAUUAUUAUAUGGCUAUUAAAAAGCCAUUUCUAAAUACUUUUCCCAUUUCUUUUGUCAAAAAUUUUAAACAAUAAGUUGAAAUUAUAAAAUUUUAAUUUUUUUAAAAAUCUAAGAAUAGGAAUAACAUUAAUUUUAAUAUAUAUUUCCUCAUACACUCUGGAAAUCAAAAUCUUUCCCACCAUACUGGAACCAGUCUUUGUAAAUGCCAUAGCUAAGUAUUGUAUGGCAUUUUGAGUGAAUCGAUAUAAAAAUAAUGUAUUUGAAAAUUGCUAUAUUGGAUUAUUUAAAUAAAAUACAUGCAUUUGAUGUAAGCAGCAAUAUGUGUAUAUUUAAUUAUAAAUAAAAUUCAUUUAUAAGGC